AUUUGUUUCUUAGCUUCUCUGAUCUUAUUAUCUACACAGCCUAGCUUCUUAAUUAGUAGUUGAUAUUGUUUUCCUGCAUUUUGGAUUGCAUUAUAUUAGGCAUGGGUUUAGGGAUUAAGAACUUGCAGUGCUUGUUCCUGUUUGUUACAGUGCUUCUUUUACCUGUGCUGAGCUAUGGUGAGCAGUUAGAAAAUUCUCUCUACACUAGAGCUACCUUUUAUGGAAGCCCAGAUUGCUAUGGAACUCAAAGUGGAGCUUGUGGGUUUGGUGACUAUGGACGUAAUGUGAAUGGUGGUAAAGUAAGUGGAGUGUCUAGGCUUUACAGGAAUGGAACUGGCUGUGGUGCAUGCUACCAGGUGAGGUGCAAGAUUCCGACACAUUGCAACGAGGAAGGUACGAGGAUCGUAGUAACAGACUACGGCGAAGGGGACAGAACAGAUUUUAUCCUGAGCGCACGUGCCUACUCAGAAAUGGCUACUCCGGGACUGGCUAACCAGCUCUUCGCGUUUGGCGUGGUGGACGUGGAAUACCGCAGGAUUCCAUGCCGUUACAAUGGCUACAAUCUCAUGAUCCAAGUUCACGACAAAAGCAACUUCCCUAAUUACAUUGCCAUUUUGCCCAUCUACCAAAGUGGAUUAUCUGAUAUUACAGCAGCCCAAAUUUGGCAGGCGGAUUGCAAGGAGUGGAGGGACAUGAGAAGGGUAUUCGGGGGAGUAUUUGAUUACCAAAACCCUCCUAAGGGAUCACUCUCAUUCCGACUCCAGACAAGUUUAAACGGCAAUACCAAGUGGUUAGAGGUGUCGGACGUGUUGCCGGACGAGUGGAAGGCCGGCGUUGCAUACGAUACUUACAUUCAGCUUGACUAAAUGCUGCUCAACCAAUGCUUGCCCUAGCAUUCAUACACAAGUAUAUAUAUAUAUAUGCAUCCCAUGCUAGCCGCUUUAAUAAUUGUUGUUGACCUUUUUGUGUUAUGUUAUUGUUUAGGCUAGUAGUUCCAGUGCUAUUAUGUUUUUGUUGGUUUUUUUUUUUUUUGUACUUUUUCUCUAUUAGUUAUUUAUUACGAGUAAUACUAUAAGUUUGAAUUUCUACUUCGUCUUUACUUUUUACUUGCAUGACAUGCUUUGAUUCAUCUAAAGAGAAAAAAGUAGGUAAUAGUUUUUUUUCCCUUCUAUCCAUAAAAUUAUAAUAAGGAGUUUUCUCCCAAUGUCAACUCAGCAUCAUUUUGCAUUCA